GCGCGCCUCCUGCUCGAGCCUCGCGGAGCAGCCCCGGGAGGCGGGAGCCCCGCGCCGGAGCGCGACCCCGAUGGCAGGCCCCCGAGGGCGCCGCCCUGGACGAGCUGUCCCGGAACUUCACGUACGGGGCGCUGGGCGCCGGCAACGGCUCCCUGUCGGGCUCCUGGUACCGCAGGAACCAGUUUCACCUUUUUGGAGUUUUGCUGGCUGUUUUAGGAAACUUGGUAAUCAGCAUUUCCCUAAAUAUUCAGUUGGCACACCAAGAGCACGCAAGGCCAUUCUUCAGGAGCUUGCUGUGGUGGGGCGGGGCUCUCCUGAUGGCCCUCGGAGAGACAGGGAACUUCGCGGCCUACGGAUUUGCCCCCAUCACUCUCAUCGCUCCGUUAGGCUGUAUGUCUGUUACAGGUAGUGCCUUUAUUUCUGCUAUGUUUCUGAAAGAAAAUUUGAGAGCCUCCGAUGUACUAGGUAUGACAUUGGCAUUUGCAGGAUCGUAUUUGUUGGUGAACUUUGCUCCAAACAUAUCCCAGGCUAUCUCUGCGAGAACAGUACAAUAUUACUUUGUUGGCUGGCAGUUCCUGAUCUAUGUGAUUUUAGAAAUAUUAGUUUUCUGCAUUCUCCUAUAUUUCUAUAAAAGAAAAGGAAUGAAGCACAUUGUGAUUCUACUAACCCUGGUAGCGCUUCUAGCCUCAUUGACUGUUAUUUCAGUGAAAGCUGUCUCAGGCAUGAUCACUUUUUCUGUGACGGAUAAAAUGCAGCUAACGUAUCCCAUCUUCUAUAUCAUGUUGAUCAUCAUGAUAGCAUCUUGUGUUUUCCAAGUCAAGUUCCUGAAUCAAGCCACGAAUCUCUACAGUACAGCGACGGUGGUGCCCAUUAACCAUAUUUUCUUUACAACCAGUGCCAUUAUUGCAGGUGAGUUUUGGCUUUCUGUACUUAGGUGUUCUACCCCCACAACACGCAU